GUACUAUCAAGUACCUAUACAGGAACCAACCGUCAAGAUGGUGCAAGAACUUCUCUCUCCCACCUUGCUGACGAUCAUGUUCCUAGGCCUCACGGGCCUCUACGGCUUCGUCAAGUUCUCCCACGAGAACGAUUACGCCACCGAAGUCAAGUUGGAGAAAUCUAGCCACCAUCUCUCCGGUGGCUCUGCUCGCACGCUCAUCACCUAUGCGUACACCGAGUCCCAGAUUGCCCGUGAGAACCUGGCCUUCUUCAUCGACAAUGCUCUGCAUCCCAGCGCGGACUUUAUCUUCAUCCUCAACGGGCCCAACCACGCCGCCGGCAUGAUGAUCCCCAAGGAGCCAAACGUCCGCGUGGUCUCGCGCCCGCAGGACGACGACCAGUGCUCCAACCUAGGCUCCCACGGCGAGGUGCUCCGCAAGGACGGCCUGUGGAAGAAGUACGAGCGCUUCAUCGUGCUCGGCGCCGGCGUCCGAGGCCCGUUUGUGCCGUACUGGAGCGAUGUCUGCUGGAGCGAUGCCUUUCUGAGCCGCGUCACUGAGGAUGUGAAGCUCGUAGGAGCGACAGCAAGCUGCCACCCGAAAUUCCACAUCGAGCCGCUGAUCUGGGCGACCGACUCCGCCGGGAUGAAGCUGCUCCUCGACCCGCCCGAGGACUCUUCCGCGCCGCACCCCGGCAAGACACCCGUCGCGCUAGGCGGAUGCCACAAGGGCAAGGACCACGCCAGCUCGGGCGAAAUCGAAGCUACGUCCGUGAUCCGGAAGGCGGGCUACGAGGUGGACGCCAUGAUGGCGGCGUUCCACCAGGCCGGGAACUACAAGGAGGCAUGCCUCAAGGGCCCGGUGCCUGCGCACGCAACCGCAGCGGGAAAGCAGUGUUACGGCGCGAGUCGUACCCACCCGUACGAGACCUUGUUCGUCAAAGCGGACGGCGACGACGUCGAUGCGGCUACCGUCGCGCGGGUCACGGAGUGGUAUAAGCCGCGCGGCGUGAAAGGAAGCUGGGACGCGUGCCGUCGAGGGGGUUAA